UGAUUGUUACUAUUUCCUGGCUGCAGCAGCGGUGUAGAGGUUUUUCUAAGCGGCGAGUUUCGUGUCUCUGCUUUGUUUUGUUUGCAGUAGUUAUUGAAAAUGAGAUUGCAUUGCUUGUUUUUGAGCGUUUGCCUCAGUGUUGGAGUAAUGGCGGGGAAAUACUCCCGGGAGGUGAAUGAGCAGAAGGUUUCUAAUGAUGGCAAACAUGCUGUGGAGUUCAGGAUUGCUAAACUGAACCAGGUUUGGGAGAAAGCGAACAGGAUGCAGCUUGCCCCAGUGCGGCUGUCGGAGCUUCACAGUGACCUGAAGAUCCAGGAGAAAGACGAGCUUCAGUGGAAGAAACUGAAGGCAGAGGGGCUGGACGAGGCUGGCGAGAGAGAGGCCAAACUCAGACGGAACUUUAACAUCAUUCUUGCAAAGUAUGGAAUGGAUGGUAAGAAGGACAGUCGCGCUUUGGACAGCAACACCUUGAAAGACCAUGAUGCCAAAGAGGGAGACAUGUUUGAUGACCCCAGGCUGGACAAGCUCUGGAACAAAGCCAAGUCUUCAGGAAAGUUCUCUGAGGAGGAACUGCAGAGCCUGCGCAGAGAAUUCCAGCACCACAAAGACAAGAUCCAUGAGUACAACAUAGUCAUGGAUACAGUCAGCAGGACGGAGGAGAUCCAUAAGAAUGUGAUCUCUCCUAUGGAGGGAGAGGGGAAGGAGUCUGCCCUUCAUGAGAAACACACAGAUCUAAAGCAAAGGAUGAGGGAUCUGAACCAGGGCUUUGAACGGCUCCGCAGAAUCUCUCAUGAAGGCUUCAGCAGUGAAAACGAGUUCAAGGAGCCCAGGGUCAUAGAGCUCUGGGAAAUGGCUAGAAGAUCCAACCUCAGUGAGGAUGAGCUUGACUCCCUCAAAGAGGAACUGAGGCACUUUGAAAUAAAGGUGGAGAAGCACCAACACUACCAAGAGCAGCUGGAGUAUUCACACCAGAAACUGCAGCAUGUGGAGGCUCUCGGAGACAAGGAGCACAUCACUAGACAUAAGGAGAAAUACAACAACCUCGCUGAGAAAGCACGAGAGAUGGGGUACAAGAUGAAGAAGCAUUUACAGGAUAUAAAUAAUAAGAUCUCAAGAAACGGACUCCAGCACAAUGAACUCUGAGCACUACCUCGUCUUCUCUCCAUGGCAACAGACCAACCUGAUACCCGUGUGCUGGUCACAUUCCUAUAAUCCCUCCAUUUCCAUCAGACAUUGAUCAGCACAUGGGAGGGUCCAUUGAUUCAUACAGUUUUUAUUAAAUGUCAUUUAAUGAGGACCUUCGCUAAGCACUGAAUUGUUUUUUUGUGUACUGGAUGUUCAGUACUGGGUCAGUAAAAGUGGUUAAAAACUGGUUAUGGUACGAAUGCAUAUGUAAGUUACUUUUAGGCUUAAAGAUUACCCAUGGCUUAUGUGGCAUGACUGCUAAUAUAGUUCACAGAGGCAAUAGACUAGGGUGGCUGCAUUUUCAGCUUGAACACUGAAAUACUGGAUGUCACACUGUUUUAUUAAGCAGCAGCUUUCAGAGUUUAAAAUGUGUUUUAAUACUGAUCAUCUUCAUGAAGUCCAAUACACUAUUUGUUACUGUGAUGUCUGUAAAUAAAAGACUGUUUUGUCCAUUAAA